UAUUUUGGGUUUAUAUUGUACAGAACUAAGCUUCCAAAAAACUGUACGGAGCCAACACAACUGUCUUCACCUUUAAACGGAGUUCAUGAUCGUGCCUAUGUCUCUGUCGAUGGGGCUCCUCAAGGUGUCCUUGAAAGGGACAAAUCACUUAUGAUAAAUAUAACUGGGAAGGCUGGAGCAAAUCUGGACAUCUUGGUAGAGAAUAUGGGCCGAGUCAACUUUGGUAGAUACAAUAAUGACUUUAAGGGUCUAGUUUCAAAUUUAACUCUCGAUCAAGAUACACUUGUUGAAUGGGAAAUCUAUCCUCUAGACAUAGAUGGAGCAGUGAACCAUGACAUUAAUGGCCACCUUGACCGACCAAAGAGAUCUGUUGGCAAUCCACUGAGUUAUGAAGCACCUACUUUUUACACUGGUAGACUUUCAAUUCCUGAAGGGAUUCCAGACUUGCCUCAAGACACCUAUGUCAAGUUUCCUGGCUGGACAAAGGGGCAAAUUUGGAUCAAUGGCUUUAAUCUGGGUCGCUACUGGCCGGCCCGUGGUCCUCAGCUGACCCUUUUUGUUCCAAGGAAUAUACUUGUUUCAUCUGUGCCGAACAACAUAACAGUGUUGGAGCUGGAGCGUUCUCCUUGCAGCACCCAGGCAUGCGAGAUAGAAUUUGUAGACAAACCGAAUAUCAAUGCAACCACACAGUAUGAAAAUGAUGCCCCUCAACUCUUUGUUAGAGACAUAUGGCUGAACCAUCUAUAAUGAUUUGACUAUUUCCUUAUCUUCCCCC